AUGCCUCAUGAGUGGGUGCUUCGUUUGGCAGAGAACGACUCUUACGACCCAUCAGACAUCGAGUCUUCACAGACGCACUUGGAACAAUAUCGCCACGCAGUAGCCGAGGAUGCUCGUAAGGGAAUCGUCUGGAUCUUGACUUCCCAUGGAAAGGCUUGGUGGUCUUUUGCCAUUGCUCUGAUCAAAGGAUGCCGUGCCCAGAACUUCCAAGAUGUCAAUGAUAUCACUCGUUGCGUUCGUUACCUUGAGAAGGCCCUCGGCAAAGUCCAGACCCCGAGUGCCAAAGCCGACUGUUGCGACAAGGCAUCAAUGAUGCUCAAUCUUCGAUACGAAGCUACGAACGACCCCAACGAUGUCAAAAGAGCGGUGUACUUCGCGGAACUGAUUCUGGACAUCUUGCCAGCCGAGACAGACAGGGAUCGGGCCCUUCACCUUCACAACCUUGCCGUUAAGCUACGAGUAUUGUACUCUACCACACGAGAACCAGAACACUUGGCGAAAGCAAUUCCGAUCGCAGAAGAAGCUGCAACCCUGUUACCACCGAACUCGCCGAAGCUUCUAAAGUACGAAACCGAGAGUGCAUCGUGCCAAGGACUAAUGUACCUAUGCCAUGGAGAAGUGAUAUACUUAGACAGAGGGAUUGAAAAGCUCGAUGAGAUAGGACAUCUAGCUGAGGGGAGGAGUGAUUAUGCUCAAGAAUACUGGAACGUUCUCACAGGCCUAGUUCGAUUCCGAUAUGAGCUGAUGCAGGUCAAAGAGGACAUUCAUCGCGCGAUUGAUGCUGCAAGGAAGUCAUUGGAUCGAACAACACUCGAUAGCUCUCAACGUACGAAGCGCAUGCACAACCUUGCUGGCGUGUUGUGGCUAAGGUUCGACCGAGAGGGUGGUGAAAAAGACUUGGAAGAAGCGAUACAGUGCGCGACUGAUGCGGAACGAAACACGUCUGAUCAGAAUCAUUUUGCUGAAACAAUCCUCAGUACAUUGUCUGGUCUGCUGAUCGCCCGCUAUAUGAACAAAGUCGAUGCAGACGAUCUCAACAAAGCCGUGCUAUUCGCGCGGAAGGCGGUUCAUCUCGGUCGACCCACGAAGCUGGAGUAUCUCGCCAAUCGGAACAACCUGGCACGAAUCCUGCAAAUCAGCGCAAUGAGCCCAAUACCACAGGCCGACUCUUCGAGAAACAUAACCGAAGCCGUUGAACUAUUUCAAUCAGUCGUUGAUCAGACGCUCCCUACUGACGGAAAACUCCCCUCGCGGCUUCGCAAUCUUGGCAAUACACAAUUCGAACAUUACAAGAUUGCUGGUUCUACCGAGAGUCUGGAAGCAUCUGUUCGCAAUCUAAGCAAAUGCGCCCACAACCCCGUUGCUUCGCCUUCUUUGCGAAUUGAAGCAGCUAGAAAAGCUGCCGACAUCCUGAUACUGCAGGCCAACUUUGCUGAAGCAGACGUUCUGCUGCAACUUGCCGUUAGUCUUCUUCAAAGAGUCAGUCCCCGAUCUCUGCAACAAAAAGAUCAACAGGACGCAAUAUCAAAAUUUUCCGGGAUGACUACGGUAGCCGCCUCAGUAGCACUACAGGCGGGUGCAACCGCUGAAAAGGCUCUCGAGAUCCUGGAAGAAGGCCGGGGCAUCAUUCUUGGUCUGCUUUUCGAUGUUCGCUCUGAUAUUUCGGCCUUGCGAUCUCAGCAUCCAGAUCUUGCUACUCGAUUUGAGCAUCUUAGGAGCAGCCUCGAAUCGCCUGCUGCACAGGCCAGUAUCGAAGAUGCGACUUCCGGCACGAACGUGUCUCUCGACUUCACACACCGGAACAACAUCGUAAAACAGCUCGAUGAGAGCAUUGCGCAUAUCCGCGAACAAGACGGAUUCCUUCGUUUCCUUGCACCGCCCUCAAUGGAGGAGAUGCAAGCUAUAGCAUCAGCCGGUCCCGUCAUUGUGAUCAACGUUAGUGAGUAUCGCAGUGAUGCUUUCAUUGUUGCAUCUUCCCAUUUGGAACACGUUGCUCUUCCGAAUCUGCAACUGGACGCAAUCAAGACAUGGGCCACGCUCCUGAUGUCGCGUAAAAUUACUCAACCGAAAAUGUUCGAGCUGCUUCGAUGGCUCUGGGAUGUCCUCGUACAGCCUAUACUUGAGGCCCUACAUCGUUCAGGUUUGAUAUCGCAUCAACCAUCAGAUAAGCCGCGUUUGUGGUGGGUGCCAAGCGGUCCUCUGUGCUCCUUGCCCAUCCACGCAGCUGGGAAUUACACCAAGAAUUCGUCAUCCAUCUUGAUGGACAAAGUCAUAUCCUCCUACAGUCCAUCCAUCAAAGCGAUGAUAUACAGUCAGCGCAACGCAAAGAACACAGCCAGCCACUUGUCUUUGCACCGACCCCUCAUAGUGUCCAUGGGAACAACGCCUGGAGGCAACGAUCUUCCUUCUGCAGACGAAGAAGGGAAACUGGUCCGAGAGGAACUUUCGAAACUAUCCACCAUCGAUGAAUUACCUGAGGUAAAACUGAAGCCCAAUAAAGCCGCUGUUAUAGCAGAUAUGAGCCGCGCCACAAUUCUCCAUUUCGCGGGUCAUGGCCUGUCCGAUCCAAAAGACCCACUCGAAAGCACGCUUCUCGUCGAAGAUUGGCAGCAAAACCCUCUUACCGUAAAGGACCUGUUGUCUUUGAGGCUUCACGAAAAGCCACCGUUCAUAGCAUAUCUUUCGGCCUGCUCGACUGGGCGGAGCAGUGCUGAUAAAUUGAUCGACGAAGGCUUGCAUUUGAUGAGUGCGUGUUUGCUUGUCGGCUUUCAGCAUGUCAUCGGCUCUUUGUGGGAGGUGUCAGAUAAACAUUCGGCUGAGCUCGCACAGCGCGUUUUUGCAGCCAUGGUGAAUGCGGAAAUGAGUCACGAAUGCGUGUCUAUAUGUUUACAGGAUAGCCUCAAACCGCUUCGUGAUUCCAAGAACUUUGGUGUGUUCAGGGACGGGUUUGGGGUAAGUACUAGAGAUGCUGGAGAGCAUUGGCGUGGAGGCGAUCCCAGAGUAUGGGCGGCUUAUAUACAUAUGGGACUAUGA